UUAUUCUAUGGUGUUGUAUAUAAGGUACAGAACAGUGAUUUAUGUUUUGAUUACAUAGUAGAACCAUGUUAGGAUUAGUUGUCGCCCUCAUUUGUUUGCAGACCUACAGUGUUAAUGGGGCGUGUCCACAUAUCAUCACAAGGGCUGAAUGGGGGGCGAGACAACCUAAUGGUGAGUGGUUUCUGACCAACCCGGUUCAGUACGCUUUCAUCCACCAUUCAGCUGGACCUGACUGUCACGAUAGAGCAACUUGCCAGGCUCAAGUGAAAAUCUUCCAGAAUUAUCAUAUGGACACACACGGCUGGCCUGACAUUGGUUACACUUAUGUCAUUGGUGGUGACGGUUCUGUCUUUGAGGGCCGUGGAUGGGAUAAAGUAGGGGCCCAUACAUUGAACUACAACAGUGUUGGCUAUGGUUUCUGUAUGAUCGGUACCUUCACGAGCCACAUGCCAACUGCAGCCGCACAGCAAGCAGUCAAAGACUUGAUCGACUGCGGGGUUCAGCUUGGCAAGAUCAAGCGCGAAUACACCCUCAGAGGUCAUCGAGACAUGCCUGGCUCAAGCACCGAGUGUCCUGGCACCAUGCUGUGGAAUGCAAUCAAACAUUGGCCCCACUAUUAGAUCUGACUAGGUGAUGGUCAUAGUUGAGUUUGUGUUAGUCAAAGCUGACUAGGUGAUGGUCAUAGUUGACUUGGUGUUGCUCAUAAUAAAUAAAAUCAAUUGUUGUUUUGAACAUGUGUUCCUUUGUGCACCUCAUGGUUAUUAUUUGUCCACGUUUCGAAGAAAUUCUUCAUUUUGCUCAUUACUAUUUCAAUAAAUUGUUAUGAUGAAGCUUC